CGCGUUCCGCAGCCAGCAGAUACGUCAACGUUGCGCGAUCUCGGGAAAGGAAGACGAAAGAACCGCAAGCUGUCUGUCCUGCUGGAGUAGUGAAAAAAGCCCGAUAAAAGUGCAGUUUUUACGGGUUAAAGUUUUGUGCAAUCUACCUCCAGCUAGUUAGAGGCCACCCGGAAGCAGCGCAGCCGGAAAUAUGGAGCCCUACGAUGUGAUAGUCAACCAGCCAGUUGUGAUCGACAAUGGUUCCGGAAUGAUAAAGGCCGGCUUCGCCGGAGAUCACAUCCCGAAAUGUCGCUUCCCGAAUUACAUGGGUCGACCGAAGCACGUGCGGGUGAUGGCCGGUGCGCUGGAGGGAGAUGUGUUUGUGGGACCAAAGGCAGAGGACUACCGUGGGCUGUUGAGCAUCCGUUAUCCGAUGGAGCACGGUAUCGUGACGGAUUGGAACGAUAUGGAGAAGAUCUGGACGUACAUCUACAGCAAAGAUGAGCUAUCCACGUUCUCCGAGGAGCAUCCGGUUCUGCUGACGGAGGCGCCCCUGAAUCCGCGGAAGAAUCGCGAGAAGGCCGCGGAGAUAUUCUUCGAAACGUUCAACGUGCCGGCGCUGUUCGUGUCGAUGCAGGCCGUGCUCAGUUUAUACGCGACCGGUCGCGUUACCGGAGUCGUGUUGGACGCUGGCGACGGCGUUACGCAUGCCGUCCCGAUUUACGAAGGUUUCGCGAUGCCCCACAGCAUCAUGCGGGUGGACAUUGCCGGUCGGGACGUAACCCGCUACCUCAGAACGCUCAUCCGCAAGGAGGGCUUCAACUUUCGCACAACGGCCGAGUUUGAAAUUGUCCGGUCGAUCAAGGAGAAGAUCUGCUAUUUGCCGACGAUCCCGCAGAAGGAGGAAAGCGUAGACACGGAGAAGGUCAAGUUUACGUUACCGGACGGCAACGUGCUGGAGGUCGGCCCGGCGAGGUACCGCGCACCGGAAGUGCUCUUCCGUCCGCACAUGCUCGGCGAAGAGUGCGAAGGUAUUCACGAAGUGCUCAUGUACUCGAUCCAAAAGUCCGACAUGGACCUGCGGAAGAUGCUGUACCAGAACAUUGUCCUGUCCGGUGGUUCCACGCUGUUCAAGGGAUUCGGCGACCGGCUGCUGUCCGAGAUUCGAAAACAUGUCGCCAAGGACAUGAAGAUUAGGAUCGCCGCCCCGCAGGAGCGCAUCUACUCGACCUGGAUGGGCGGCUCGAUUCUGGCGUCGCUCGACACCUUCAAGAAGAUGUGGGUCUCGAAGCGCGAGUUCGACGAGGACGGCCAGCGGGCGAUUCAUCGGAAAACGUUCUAAAUCGCGCAAUCUUACGAGCAACAAUACACAAAUUCCCUCAAAGGCACACACACACACACCCACAACACUCACAUUAACUCACGAAACACUCAACGUACUAGGCUCGUGGGCACACAAUCGCAAUCAAUCGGCAGCAGGAAAGGUAAGUGUCAUCACCGUGUCUUAUUUCUCUGUGUAGCGACUCUAUUGUGUGAUGAAAAAAUACGAACGCUGUGCUCUACUAUCCAUUCUUUAUUCAUGAACAAACAAUACCGUUGAGUGAUAUUCGUUUAAUUGUUCUGCUUAGCGAAACAAACCAACGCUUAAUAUUGGACCAUUUGAAACUUAGAAUUACGCUGGCUUAAAAAAAUCCUUCAUCAUCUGUUUCUAACACAAUCUUCAAGCUAACUCGUCCCAUUUUGAUUUCUCAAUGUCAAUGUUUUAGAUUACGCUAAGAAGCUACGAUGCAAUCCAUUCCAGCUCUGUUUUCUCUCUAAUUCUCUGUUUUGUUGUUAUGCCCCACCAAGACGUGUGAUCCCGUUGAUCUGCAUGGCCGCUACAAUGUCCUUUUGAAUUUAACUCCUUCGAAAUUGUUUGAUUCCGUACAAUGGAUGCGUGUGAUUCUAACAGAUUAUGCUGCUUUUCGUGAGGACACACACCCUAAAGGGGGGAAACGCGACACGAAUCGCUUUCUCUAAGAUUUAGUAAGUUAUAAUUUAAUAAUUUAUACUUAACAAAGGAAAAGAUUGAAAAGAACAAAAAAAUCAUAAGGUAAUCUAAACUAAUAUAGAUAUUAUGUAACAAAAAGUGAAAACGAGACAGAUUUUGAAACGAAUCAGAUUAUGAUAAUAACACGAGGAGCGUGCAAAGUGAGCGAGUUCCAGGAAAGAGGAAAAUAUAUAUCAGAAAA